GAGAUAUGAUUCCUGCAGAUGCACCACCACCAACAAAUAUUGGCCGAACAAACACGUACGGAGGAGAUUUAAUUUCAGGGCCAGUGAUACCGCGAAGAGAGCGCCGCCAAUCAAGUAGCAUGUUCAACAUUUCACAAAACAGAGAGCUGCAAAGACUUCCAGCUAUCAAAGAUGCGGAUCCGAGCGAGAGAGAAACACUGUUCAUUCAAAAACUUCGACAAUGCUGCGUUGUUUUUGACUUUGCCAAUGAUGCUCUCAGCGAUUUAAAAUUCAAAGAAGUCAAACGGGCAGCUCUAAAUGAACUCGUCGACCACGUUUCCGGAGCUCCAAAAGGAUCGCUAUCUGAUGCUGUCUAUCCAGAAGCUAUCGGCAUGUUCUCCACUAAUCUUUUCCGUCCUUUGAGCCCACCGACCAAUCCAAUUGGUGCUGAAUUUGACCCCGAUGAAGACGAACCAACAUUAGAAGCUGCCUGGCCACAUCUGCAGCUCGUCUACGAGUUUUUCCUGAGAUUCCUGGAGUGCCCCGAUUUUCAAUCUCAAGUUGCAAAACGUUACAUUGAUCAAAAUUUCAUUCUUCGUCUUCUCAUGAUUAUGGACAGUGAAGAUCCACGUGAACGUGACUUUCUGAAGACAACUUUACAUCGAAUUUAUGGAAAGUUCCUCGGACAUCGUGCUUACAUUCGGAAGCAAAUCAACAACAUUUUCUACUCGUUCAUCUACGAAACUGAGAGGCACAACGGGAUUGCUGAAUUACUCGAGAUUCUAGGUAGCAUUAUCAAUGGAUUCGCUCUUCCCUUGAAAGAGGAACACAAAACUUUCUUGCUCCGAGUUCUUCUUCCGCUACACAAGGUCAAAUCAUUAUCUGUAUAUCAUCCUCAACUCGCGUACUGUGUCGUACAGUUCAUUGAAAAAGACUCAUCACUGACAGAGCCUGUAAUCAGUGGGAUGCUACGCUUCUGGCCAAAACAACAUAGUCCCAAGGAAGUGAUGUUCCUGAAUGAAUUGGAAGAAGUCCUCGAUGUGAUAGAGCCGAAUGAGUUCCAAAAAAUCAUGACUCCAUUGUUCUCACAAAUUGCUCGCUGUGUCAGCAGUCCACACUUCCAAGUUGCCGAACGAGCUCUCUACUAUUGGAAUAAUGAAUAUGUGAUGUCAUUAGUAGCGGACAAUGCUCGUGUGAUAAUUCCAAUAAUGUUCCCUGUUCUUUUCAAAAACAGCAAGUCACAUUGGAAUAAAACGAUUCAUGGACUUAUCUACAACGCCCUCAAGAUGUUCAUGGAAAUGAAUCAAAAACUGUUUGACGAGUGUUCCCAAGCUUAUCAGAAAGAUCGAGUUCAAGAAAAGACAUUGAAUGAAGAAAAAGAACGCAUCUGGAACAAUAUUGAGAAACAGGCAAUGGGAAACCCGCAAUAUGUUGAAGUUAAAGCACUAUUUGCUCGAUUUAAUCCAGAUGAAAUCAUCAGCUCGCGUCAGCAGAAUGGAGUUGACGAGAAUAUGAAGACUUCAACUGUGCUUAGCAAGGAUGAAAUUCUGAAAAAUGCUGUAGGAGUGAGCUCGAUGAAAAACGAUAUGGAUUUCGGACCCAACCACAAACAAUCCGAUUUCCCUCCAGAUGAGCAAACGACGAGAGCUUUAGGCGAGUACAAGCGUCACGAUCCAUUUUUGAAGAAAGUGACUAGCACCGACGAACAGUGAUGCAGAAGACUUCAACGGGUGCCAAUUUCUCCAUGUUGUGCCGGGUUUAUUAUACGAUGAUUCGACUUCCUUACCCAGUUUCCGUUCCUUUCUUAAAAUAUUGACCAUUCCAUGACCCUUAUCACCGUUUUAUUGCUCUCCAAAAUUGCCCUUAAUCACAUCUAUGUUUGCGUACCUGUAAAUAUUUCGAAACUUAUUUCAGUUUUAUCAAUAUGCACCAUAAAUUCCAUCUCUCCUCACCAUCAUCGCAAAUCCAAAUGCGACUUUUCAUUGUGUAAUAAUUUCCCCCAUUUUGGUAGUGAUUUGGAUUUAGAUGUUAUAAAUGAAUCGAGAAGCCAUGUGAAAUACAUUAAAAUCUGC